AAUCAGUGUUGUGUGCUGUUUUAUAUCAUUGAAUUGAAUUGUAUUACCAAAGUUCUUGCGAGUCUGUUUAAAAUGCCGCACAAACGUAGGAACCGAGUCCAUGCGAACCAAAGGAAUUUCACAACGCGACUCGUUUCUGUGGCCAAACAGGUGUCUGCACCGCCAAAUGUGCUCGUCGAAUCCUGCAACGGUGCUCAUGCCGAAAACAGCUCGCCGGGCAGUCCGAAGGCCAAAGGAGGCGCAAUGACCAACGGGAAAAAUCCGACGAUCCAGUUAGCCGUGCCCAUAUGCAACACCACCGUGCGCAAGCAGAACGAGGCCCAUAUCAUAUCCAACAUUAAGCUGCAAAUGAACUUUCAUAAGGAAUCUAACUUGAUCGCACCACAGAUCACCAAAAAGAUGAACUUCGCUCCGAAUCGUGUUGUAUUCGGGGUCCUAGUGCCUCUCAAUGUCAACGAUUCUGUGCUGGUGCCGCACAAUAGCAAGCCCGAUGCCUUAAAGCAGACAUCGAAAGAAUCGGAAUCAUGCAAGGCCAUAAGCGAGCCCCAGCUAGCCGACUAUGUGGAGAAAGUAGAUUCCAUUAUCAUGGCGGUUAAGGAACCAGUACUCAACUUGGAUUGGGUACCAGGACCCUUCGAUUUUUUCGGCGCAUAUAAGAGAACAUACAAUUAGAGUUAGAUUUUAUUUAUAAAUAUAUCCGAGUUUAUCAGUA